CCUCUAGAAAUGGUGGAGUAUAGACGUCGUUUUCUCUAGUCCGUUGAAGUGAGUGUCUUGUGUGUGAAUUACUAAGAUCGUAUUUCCUGUGUGAUAAUUUUUCUCCUCUCAACAAGGGAAGCUUUUGAUCUCGGGUUGUGCAUCGACGUUGGCAACAAAAAUAAAACAGAAGAGAAAGGAAAGAAAAAUAAGAAGAUAAAAAAGAAGAAGAAGAAAAGAAGAAGAAUUAUAACCGAACCAAUAAUCAAAAUAACUAAAGAAAUAAGGAAGUGAAGAAUUAAGUGAAGUUACAAUAGACAGACAGACAGACAGACAGAAGACAAUUAAGAUACAGAAAAAGGAAAACAAAGACACAGACACAAAGAGAAGAGACACACACACACACACACACACACACACACACACACACACACACACACACACGAUGGAGUUACGAAACGAUACCAGUGAUGAUUUUUUUACCUUCCUCUGUGGUGAGCCUCUUAUGAAUGCCAGCGAGAUAUGGGAUGCUGAUGUUCCUUACCUGGGCAGGUGUGUGGAGAGGACCAUUCUCACCUGGAUCCCGUGCCUCUUCAUCUGUCUCUCCGCUCCUCUGUCCCUUCUCUCUCUCCAUCGUUCCUCCUCCUCCUCCUCUUCUUCCACCCUCUCCUCCUCCUCCUCUUCUUCCUCCCUCUCUUCCUUACGUUCCCGUCAAGCGCCCUUGCCGUGGUCGCCUCUAAUGCUCUCGAAAAUGGUCAUAUCCGUGGUGGUGAUGAGUGCAGCGGUGGUGGAGAUGGCGGUGGUGGUGGUGAUGGCGUUGGUGGUUGCUAGUGGUGGUGAUGAUGGUGGUGGUGAUGAUGGUGGUGGUGGUGGUGAUGGCCUGUCAUUCCUCCACACCCCCUCCCCCGCCACCCACUCCACGCCUCCACCUCCUCCUCCACUCCCCUCUCCACUCUUUCUAAUGGACUUGGUGGCUCCCUCAGUCCUCGUGGUGGCUUAUGGUCUGGCGGUGGUGGUGGUGGCGGCGGGAAGGAGGUAUGGCCAGCGAAGUAGCGGCGUGCUCUUCGUCUUCUGGGGCCUGACGGUGCUGUGCGGGGUGCCGCAGCUCGUCAGCACCGUCCUGGCACUCCUCCACACCGCGCCGCAGCACCAGGAAGAUGGACACCCCCUACCACCACACCAUCACCAACACCACCAACACCAACACCACCCAGCCCUCGCCACCACCUUCCUUCUGCAAUACCUCGGCGCCGUGGUCUUGGUGGUGUUGAACUGCUUCGCCGAGCCUCCUAAUGACCCCAAUGGACGAAUUAAGGUGAAGGAGUCCCCUGAGGAUGUGGCGUCCUUCCCCAGUCGCUACACCUACCACUGGGUGACCCGCGUCCUUCUAAGGGGAAGAAGGAGACCCCUCACCCAGGAGGAUCUCUGGCCGCUACCAAAGGACUGUAGGAUACCCGCCGUGGAUGCCAGUUGGAGGGCGGCAUGGCUGAGGGAACUGUCCUGUGUGAGACGGAAAACACUUACACGCACCACCACCAACACCACCACCACAAACAUCAACACCAAGAGUACCAUUCACGAUGUUAGCUGUGGCAAUAGUGGUGGUGGUGAUGGUGGUGAACGCCUAAACAGUGGUGAUGGGAGUGGCAGUGGUGGUACCUUGCGUGUGUCCGUGGUCAAGGUGGCUUUACGAGCGUACCUGUGGCAUUACCUGUUCAACUUCUCCCUGAUCUUCAUUAGCCAGAUGACCCUCUUCGCUGCACCUGUCCUUCUUGGGCGGCUCAUCUCCUUCACUAAGUCCACCUCAUCGGAGCCCGCCUGGCAUGGCUAUAUGUACGCUGCCCUACUGAUGUUAACGACUGUCCUGGUGAGCUUGGUGCGACAGUGCUUCUUCCACGAGGCCUCAAAGAUCGUGCUCAAGCUGCGGGCGUCUCUCAUGCUUGCGGUGUAUCGUAAGACCCUCACCAUCUCACCUGGGGCCAGAAGGGAGUCUACGUCAGGCGAGAUCGUUAACCUGAUGUCGGUGGAUGCCCUGCGAUUGAGUGAGUUCUCCCUCCACCUCACCUCUGGCCUCGUCACGCCCAUCACAGUCAUCGUGGCCACCUGGCAGCUCUGGGAUGUCCUGGGUCCAUCAGUGCUUGCGGGGAUGGCUACAAUGGUUCUAAUAAUGCCCAUCAACACCAUGGUCGCCAGCCGCACCAAGGCCCUGCAGAACACCAAGAUGAGGCUCAAGGACAAGAGGAUCAAGCUGGCGGGGGAGAUUAUUAAUGGGAUCAAGGUGCUCAAGCUCAACGCAUGGGAGGAACCGUUCGGCAAGCAGGUGGAGGAGGUGCGGAGGGAGGAGAUACAGGUGCUAACGAAGGCGGCGUACUACCAUAGCUUUGUUGCCUUCCUCUGGUUCAUCACGCCCUUCAUGGUGUCGUUAGCCUCGUUUGCCACCUACAUCACGGUUUCGUCCGACAACAAGCUCGACGCAGAGACGGCCUUUGUGGCGAUCGCUCUGUUCAACCUCCUGAGGCUACCCAUCGCUGAGAUACCCGGCUUGAUCCUGCAGGGUAUACAGGCAAAAGUGUCUCUGACUAGACUGGAAAAGUUCUUCGCCGCACAGAAUCUUGACCCGAAGGCCGUAUGCAGUGAUCCUUCCAAGGAGAGCGCCAUCAGGGUGGAGGGCGGGGCGUUCCGGUGGGGCGGGGGUGGUGGGGAGUGGGCGCUGCAGGGGGUGGAGGUGGAGGUGGGGCGCGGGGAGCUGGUGGCGGUGGUGGGGCCGGUCGGGGCGGGGAAGAGCUCGCUUCUCUCGGCCUUCCUCGGACAGAUGGAGAAGACUGCCGGGGAGGUGGUGGUAAAUGGACAGGUGGCUCUGGUGUCGCAGGAGGUGUGGCUACAGAACGCCAGCCUUCGGGAGAACAUCACCUGGGGCAGCCCUUGGGAGGAGGCGAGGUACUGGCGGGUGGUGAAAGCCUGCGCCCUAAUGCCUGAUCUCGAGAUGUUGCCUGCCGGGGACCUGACGGAAAUUGGGGAGAAGGGCAUCAACCUCAGUGGGGGUCAGAAGCAGCGCGUGGGUCUGGCCAGAGCGGCGUACAGUGGCGCCAACAUUAUGCUCCUGGAUGACCCCCUCAGUGCCGUGGAUGCCAACGUGGGGCGGCAUAUCUUUGAGUGCCUGCUGGGACCCUCUGGACUCAUGGGUGGCACGACGCGGGUGUUGGUGACGCACGCACUCUGGGUGUUGCCGGAGGUGGAUCGCGUGGUGGUGGUAGAAGACGGAAGGCUGGUGGAGCAGGGCACGUGCGGGGAGCUGGUGGAGAGGGGGGGUAGCCUAGCGCGUCUCCUCCUCCACCUGGCAAGAAAGGAGGUGGAGGAGGUGAAGGAGGAGGAGGAGGAGGUGGUGGAUGGGGAGAUGGAGGAGGAGGGCCUGGAGGAGCUGUGUGCCCACCUCAAACAGCUGCCGGGGGGACGUCAGCUGCUCCGACAGAUCUCCCGACACAGCGCCGCCUUAGAAGAGAAGGACAUGGCUGGCACCACCGCCAGUCCACCGUAUAAGUCCACCACCUCAACCGAACCAGUUUACGAAAGACAAGACUCCACCUCCACCACCACUACCAGACCACCACACUCCACUACCUCAACCAAACCAGCUUACGAACGGCAAGACUCCACCACUACCAGUCCACCACACACCACCACCAACUCCACCAGCUCAACCACCUCAACUAAACCAGCUUACGAAAGACAAGACUCCACCACCAACUCCACCUCCACCAAACCAGCUUCUGAACAACAGAUUCCACCUCCACCACCAAGCCACGAUAUAGAGCAUGAACCUCUAUAUAUGUUACUCGGCCCCACGGAGAGCGCAAAGCCUCGCCUGGGGUGGCACUGCACACCACGCCACGCAUCAAGACCCCCCGCGCGGCCCUCCAACAUCCUGGAGCACACCAAGGACCUCUGGGUGUUCCGCGGCGCUGGCAACCACGGCCUGAGUCCCGGCCAGCCGCUGCCUCUCAGUCGUCUCAGCCGCUGCCACGUCAACGACUGGGCGGUAGUGGGCGCAGGCGUUGUGGCCUCUUCAGUGGGCGUGGCCUUGCUGGUGUGGGUUUCUCCUUGCCCGAGGGCGUAG